UUUCCCUCUCUGUCAUAAAUGAGAUGUGGAAGGGGAUUUCCACCAGCCAUAACGGUUUCAUCAGCCGCAGCCAGACGUAAGAAGACCUGCACUAUGAACAUGUUCUCUCAUUCAUUGAACUCACUGGAAACGAAAGAAGCAGGCAAUGUUUCUCCUACUGGAAUGAAAAUGAUGUAAACAACCGACAUUGUAGGUAGCUGUGUAAUCACAUGGACGUAUUUACAUAUUACAGAUCCUCGUGUGUGUAAUACACAUUAUAGAUCCGUAUGUGUGUAAAGCCAUGCUUGUGUUGUCAGGCCAGUGCAGCUAUAUGUAGUGCAGUGUAUCACGUCCACGUUUACAGAGAAACACUGAGCUCAGAUGAUGCCUCGGCGUGUAUGUGUUCUGGGUGCCGGUGUGGUAGGGCUGUCGUCUGCCGUGUAUAUCCAGGAACUUGUCCCAGAUGCUGACGUCACAGUAGUGGCAGAUACAUUUACCCCACACACACUGUCGGAUGGCUGUGCUGGCCUCUGGAUGCCCUACCUUGUGGAUACAUCAGAUGAAAACGUCAUGCGAUGGUCUGGAGAAACGUAUGACUAUCUUAAAGGACUUGGUCAUUCUGAACUAGCCGGUGAGACAGGGAUACAGUUCGUGUCGGGUUACUACUUUGUUAGGGAUUCCGCACAUAAAGUCGAGGAACCUCCAUGGAAGAACCAAGUAAUGGGUUUCCGAAAACUGACUCCAGAGGAAGUUAAGAUAAGUCCAGAUGCCCGUGAUGGCUACUUCUUCACGACAAUUAUAAUGGAUGUAAAAUCCUACCUUCCAUGGCUGACGAAACGAAUACUUGAUAAACAUGGGAGAAUAAAGAAGAAAAGAGUCCAAAACCUGGAUGAGCUAACACAGGAAUAUGAUGUGGUGGUGAACUGCACUGGAAUGGAUGCCAACUGGUUGUGUAAUGAUUCCCAACUCCGUCCAAUCCGAGGGCAAGUAACAAAGGUGUAUGCUCCUUGGGUUAAACACUUUUACAUAAAUCCAGACCCUACAGACGAACACAGGGAGAUAUACAUACUUCCGGGACCUAAUACCGUCACCAUUGGUGGUACUGGUCAGCUUAACAACUGGAAUACUAACACGGAUGGAAACGAUAAACAGAGGAUAAUGGAGGAUGUAUGCAGACUCGUGCCAAGUCUCCGGACUGCUAAACAGUCACAUGACUGGGUUGGUUUACGACCGUCGAGGCCCCGUGUGCGUUUGGAGGCCGAAGAAAAGCCCAGGAAGAAAACGGUAAUUCACAACUACGGACACAGCGGGUCCGGCGUGACCUUCCACUGGGGAUGUGCCAAAGACACUGCUCACCUAGUUAAACUGACAUUAGAGGAACACCAAUUAACAUCGAGGCUGUGAAGUGAAAACUUCUUACUACAGUAAAAUAACAUUGUUGUAAGUCAUUGCUGACAGGCUGGUGAGAGGAAAAUAUAAAACAAUUCUUGGAUGCAGGGAACUUGUCUCCUCUGUUUUUAUUCAACUGACUUCAAAACUUAUAUCAGACCAACGUAUCCGUAUUACACCGUCAUAACAACAAACGAAUGUUGACGCCAUCGGCAUUGACGUUUUUGUGAUCACUGGUCGUUUUAAACACUCUAUUCUACCAUGUUUGCUAUGCAACGCCGGUUUUGAUUGGUUUGAAACCAUGUAUUAUUUUCCAAUAAUACACGCUCGUGCCAAUAAUACACGCUCGUGUCAUUAACACACGCUCGGGAGUCACGGCUGUUACAAUUUCAUAUAUAUCUAAUAUUCACACACUAUCUCUUUUUUUUAAAUUUUCAAAAUUAAUGCCAUAUGAUAGAUGCUCUUGAUCGUAAAACUGUAGUGCCUGAAAAGAAAUGUAUAUUUCAUCAGCAAAUAAUGCAAUACUCAAGAAAUAAUUAAUAAGGUUUUCCUGGGGUUUCUUUGUUGUUUUUCUAUUAGAAAGAGGUCGGUCUCAGAACUAAACAGUACAUGGUGGAAUAGAAAUAAUCAACUUUGACUCGUGUAUUGUUGUAGGAUAUACAACUCGGACUCGGAUAUUUUGCAAUUUUAAUUAACAACUCAGGCCUGCGGCCUUCGUUAUUAAUUUAACUGCAAAAUAUCAUCGUCCUCGUUGUAUAUCCUGCAACAAUACACGAAUCAUCGUUAAUUAUUUCUUAAUUACACAGCAAGCAGCAAAUGUGGUUUAUGAAUAAUCUUUACACUAAUCAAAUGAGCAAACUAUUCCGAAGUAAAAAUAUUUAUACAUCGAUCA